AUGGAUAUUGGCACUGAACCUAUUCGGCAUUUCGCAUCGGGACCUGUACAUUCUGACCUGCUAACGACCGCUCUGCUACUGUGCAAAGAUGAUAACCACCACCCGAAACACAAAGGAAAAAGCCCCCGUGAACUCAGCAACAUUGAUCGGUACUUCUUCAACGCUUACCCCUACGUAGUGCGAGACGAUAACGCCCUUGGAGUCAAGGUAGAUGGGUUUAGAACUCGGACCUACAAAGGCUCCCUUGAGGAGGUUCUUAGGCGAAAUGAGACCGUGGAAAAUAUCCCGCUGAAGUAUCUGUCACUCCACGCUGUAAAGGUUAUGGCACAGUUUCCAGUCCGCCAUGAUUGGGACUCUCCGUCAUGGAGUGUUCACGAAAUCGAACGCAUCCGGAACAAGUACAAAUGUGACUGCAAGGAGUUCUACCAAACUGGGUGGCUGUGUGUGCAUAUCCUGGCGACUCUACAUCUCGUUGAUUCGCUUGACUUGAAGAUGAUGAUUCGUAAUUUCCCGGCCCGUAAACCUCCAGGGCGACCACGGAAGAAGACACGGUGCCUCGAUCGCGACGACACAAGAAAAUCUCAGUAUUCGGUCAAUGCUUUGGUUAAGCGAUUGACGGAAAAGCCGGCCAGUGUGAUUAACUGGAGUAUUUUGACAGUGCAAACUUCCAGCGACGAGGAAGGCGAGGAAACACAGUGUAACUACAUUGGCAAAAUCAAACCUCCUUUCAUGCGCGGCGGUAAAUGGCACUGGGACAUAGAGUACGAAGAACUGGCCAGGACCAUCAACUACUCGUUCCAGAUGGGGCACAACUUAGUGCCCAACUAG